AUGGCACAACCACACCGGUAUCUCGAGCAGCUCAUUGACUCCGUACAAACCAUUCGCACCACAGCCAGAACGAAGCUUCAGGCUGCACACUCCCACCAGAAGGAUUAUUAUGACCAUCUGGCACACGGAACUCAAUACGAACCCGGCGACCGUGUUUGGUUGCACAACGACCAACCCCCCGCAGGGUACGCCAGUAAGUUUCAUCGUCAGUGGUCUGGACCCUAUAUCGUCCUUCGACCGCUCUCUAAUUCCGUCUGCCGCAUUCGCCUAGAAUCUGAUCCCUUCGGCCGGAUUAUCCAGGUGCAUUUCAAUCGGCUCAAACCAUGUUUAUCAGAGUAUCAGCCCUCCCAACACCCCGUUCCAUCGACCUCCCACCCGACCACAUCCCUCACCACCCUUUACACUCCACCAUCACCCCGCAACGUCACUCUUCGUACAACUCGCGCUGAGGACAGCGCUCAAUCCUGA